GAAGAAGCGACCGUAAGACGAAAAACCCGGCGGGGGGAGAUACGGUUUAACAUCAUUGGCUGCCUCAUCUUGGAUCUAGCAUGGCCUUCAGCAAAGGAUAUCGCAUUUACCACAAGUUGGACCCGCCCCCUUACAGCGUCAUCGUGGAAACCAGGAACAGAGAUGAAUGCCUCAUGUUCGAGUCGGGGGCUGUCGCCGUGCUAUCGGCAGCAGAGAAGGAGGCCAUUAAGAACACAUAUACCAAGAUGAUGGAUGCCUAUGGGAUCCUGGGAGUCCUACGCCUCAACCUGGGUGAUUCCAUGCUCCACAGCUUGGUGGUAGCAUCAGGCUGUAGCUCCGUAGGGAAAGUGCAGGACUCUGAGGUGUUCCGGGUCACGUCUACAGAGUUUGUCUCUCUGAAGAACGACCCGAGUGACGAGGACCGCAUCGCUGACGUUAGGAAGGUCCUGAACUCUGGGAACUUUUACUUCGCCUGGUCCGCCAGCGGCAUCAGCAUGGACCUCAGCCUCAACGCCCACCGCCGGAUCAAGGAGGACAGCACAGACAACCGCUUCUUCUGGAACCAGUCCCUUCACCUUCACCUGAAGCACUAUGGUGUGAACUGUGAUGACUGGUUGUUGAGGUUGAUGUGUGGCGGGGUGGAGAUCAGGACUAUCUACGCAGGUCACAAACAGGCCAAGGCCUGCGUCAUCUCCCGCCUCAGCUCAGAGAGGGCCGGGACACGCUUCAACGUCCGAGGGGCCAACGAUGACGGACAGGUGGCCAACUUCGUAGAGACUGAACAGGUGAUCUUCCUGGAUGACCAGGUGUCUUCCUUCAUCCAGAUCCGUGGUUCAAUUCCUCUGUUCUGGGAGCAACCAGGAAUACAGGUGGGCUCUCAUCGUGUCAAGCUCUCCAGAGGGUACGAGGCCAACGCACCGGCUUUUGAGAGACACUUCAGUGCUCUGAGGAGGCUGUAUGGGAAACAGGUGAUCAUCAACCUGCUAGGCAUGAAGGAGGGAGAACACAUGCUCAGCAAAGCAUUCCAGAGUCACCUGAAGGCGUCGGAGCAUGCCGGAGCAGUGAAGAUGAUCAACUUUGACUACCAUCAGAUGGUGAAGGGAGGCAAGACUGACAAACUCCACAGUGUCCUCAAACCUCAGCUCAACAAGUUUCUGGAGGACUGUAGCUUCUUCUACUACUCUGGAGAGACCGGGGUUACCAGGUCUCAGAGUGGUACCCUCAGGACCAACUGUCUAGACUGUCUAGACAGAACCAACAGUGUCCAGGCCUACUUCGCUUUGGAGAUGUUACCUAAGCAGUUAGAGGACAUGGGUCUGACGGAGAAGCCCCAGCUGGUAGCCAGGUUUCAGGAAGUGUUCAGGUCCAUGUGGACGGUCAACGGAGACUCCGUCAGCAAGAUCUACGCUGGGACCGGAGCCCUGGACGGGAAGGCUAAGGGGGGUAAGUUGAAGGACGGCGCUCGCUCUGUGACCAGAACCAUCCAGAAUAACUUCUUUGACAGUUCAAAGCAGGAGGCCAUCGACAUCCUCCGACUGGGCUCAACACUGAACAGUGACCUGGCAGACAAGGCCCGGGCACUACUCACCACCUCCAGUCUUUACGUGACUGAGCCUAUCUUACAAUCAGCCUCUCCCAGAGUUCUACUGGGGAUGUGUCAGAACCACCAAAAGUACACGCGUCCCAAACAGAUCCGUGUUUCAGUGGGUACGUGGAACGUCAACGGAGGCAAACAGUUCCGCAGCAUCGCCUUCCGCAACCAGACCCUCAACGAUUGGCUGCUGGACGCUCCAAUGAAGGCCGGGCUCCCAGAGUUCCAGGUAAAGCCAACUCCACCAGAUAUCUUUGCCAUCGGCUUUGAGGAGAUGGUGGAGUUGAAUGCUGGCAACAUCGUCAGUGCCAGUACGACCAACCAGAAGCUAUGGGCUGCAGAGCUGCAGAAGAACAUAUCCCGUGAUCAUAAAUACGUCCUGCUGGCAUCAGAGCAGCUAGUGGGAGUCUGUCUGUUUGUCUUCAUGCGUACUCGCCAUGCCCCUUACAUCAGGGAUGUUGCCGUGGAUACUGUGAAAACGGGAAUGGGCGGGGCCACAGGCAACAGGGGCGUGGCCAUCCGCAUGCUGUUCCAUACGACCAGUAUCUGUUUCGUCUGCUCCCACUUCGCUGCCGGCCAAUCACAGGUCAAGGAGAGGAACGUCUACAACGAGAUCACACGUAAACUCACCUUCCCCAUGGGUAGACUCCUCUACUCCCAUGACUACAUCUUCUGGUGUGGAGACUUUAACUACCGCAUCAGUCAACCCAAUGAGGAGGUGAAGGAGCUGAUCAGACAACAGAACUGGGAAGCCCUGACCGCAGGAGACCAACUGGUGGACCAGAAGAACCAGGGACUGGUGUUCCGUGGUUUCAUCGAGGGCAACCUGGACUUUGCUCCCACCUAUAAGUAUGACCUGUUCCUGACGCAUCACGACACCAGUGAGAAGUGUCGACUGCCCCGCCUGGACUGACCGUGCCUCUGGAAGAGGAGGAAGUGGAACUUCGACAAGACUGCGGAGGAGAUGAACAUGGUAGGCCCAGUGGGAGAAGCAGAUGAACAGCAGCUGUACCCUUGGAGCCCUGGGGAGCUGAAAUACUACGGCAGGGCUGAGCUCAAGACCUCUGAUCACAGGCCUGUGAUGGCUGUGAUGGAUAUAGACGUAUUGGAGGUGGAUCCAGAAGCCCGUCACCAGGUGUAUAAGGAGGUGAUCGCCCUGCAGGGUCCUCCUGACGGAACCAUCCUGGUCUCUCUCUGCUCCUCGGGACCUGACGACUACUUUGACGAUCGCCAUCGAUUCGAGCUGCUGGACAAGUUCGCUGUGUUUGGAGAGGUCAUCCUCAUCAGGUUUGUGGAGGAGAAGAUGUGGGUGACGUUUCUAGAGGGUUAUUCUGCUCUGGCUGCCCUGUCUCUGAGCGCUCCACGGUGAGUGCUGGGGAAGGUGAUAGACAUCCGUCUAAAGAGUUCAGGCUGGAUCAAGAGUCUGGAGGAGGAGAUGAGUGUAGAGCGGAUCUGUGGAUCUGUCCCGACCUCCGCCAGCUCCUCUCUGCUGGCUGAGGACGCUGAUAUGGGAGACGAUGAUUAUGAUAUGGAGGGUGACGUGGGAUGAGGAGGUGGAGGAUAUUCUCCCCAACACCUUCAGCCUGGUGCAGGCCCCCGCACCCCUUCCUCCCCCUUCCCCUCCCCCCGGGGCAGCCCCUCUCACUCCCCCACCCACGGAGAACCUGCUGCCCCCAGCAGACCCAGCCGAUCUGCCCCACGCUCUGCAGGACCCCCGCAAGGGACUCCAGUGGACUUCCAGCCUGGUGCUCCUCAAGCCCUGGAGCCUAAACGCCCCCCUCCUCCUCGCCCCAACGCCCCCCCAGCCCGACCUGCUCCUCCUCAACGCCCUCCUCCUCCCUCAGGUCGCGCCCAAUCAGGUCCUGGAGGCCUGCCCAGACUGAACAUUCCUCAGAGGGCUGGGGUGAUCAGUGUGACCCCCCAGGCGCGCCCUGCCCACCCAGGUGCUCCCAGGCCCACCCCAGAGGCACCCGGAGCGCCACGGCCCACCCCAGACACUCACCCUGGAGCCCCCAGACCUGGCCCUGACGCUCAGCCUAAACCCACCGACCUGCCCCUGGGUCCCCCUCCUUCUGGACCACCUCCAGUGAGACAUGUCCCCUCCCCAAUGCAGCCCCCGAUGCAGCCCCAGUCUGCCCCCCCAGUCCAGCCACCCAUGCAGGCUCCCAUGCAACCCACCAUGCAACCAACCAUGGCUGCCCCAAUGCAGGCUCCCAUGCAACCCACCAUGCAACCAACCAUGGCUGCCCCAAUGCAGGCUCCCAUGCAACCAACCAUGCAGGCCCAGUCUGCCCCUCCAGUCCAGCCACCCAUGCAGGCCCCAAUGCUGCCCCAAAUAGCUGCAGUGUCACAAAUGGCUGCUCCAAUGCUGCCCACACAGGCCGGAGCAGGGUUGGGGUCUACUGGGGCUGUGGUUCACCAGGGGCUGGCCUCCCCUAAGCCCCCUCCCCGCUCCCGCUCCUCUCAUGUCCUGCCCCCUGAGACCGCCACUACAGAGAAUGCUCCUGCAGCCCAGAUCAAUGGGAUGAAUGGAAUCCAAAGAGAAGCACAAUGGAAGCCCGAACCCUUCGACACGCUCACCUCUGACCUCUCCGCCUCUUCUUGGCUCAACACCCAAUCACUGACCAGGAACUCCUCCUUACGCACCGCUCCUGCCCGCCCUCCUCCCUCCUUCUCCUCCUCCACUCUCCCUUCAUCCCUGUCCCUCCACGCCACCCCUCUGUCCACCCUGCAGGGCUCCGACUCCUCCUCUUCAACCACCCUCCCCUCUGCCCUCACCCAGUCUCUCCUCCCCCCUCCCCCAGGCCCAUCUCGAAGUAAGUCCCAGGAGGCUCUGCAGCGGGGUUCUCCCAACCCCUUCCUGAGUGAUCCGGUCCCAGCCCGCCCCAGCAGCACCAACCCCUUCACUGGUCCUGUGAUGUAUCAGGACCAGAGGCGCUCCCUCACACCCGAUUUCUCUGCCCAGCAGAAGGCCUCCGGUGCUGCCCUCCACAGGACCAUGUCUGCUUUCAACCAGCCCCUCGCCCCUACCCCAGCUUCGCUUCUCGCCCCUACCCCAGCCCCGUUCCCAGCUUUUUCCCCCACCCUGACGCUAGGGGCACCUGCACCCCCUCCAUCGCUCCACCGGACCAUGUCCCUGUUUGGGCCAUCGAUGACCCCUCUCAUCCCUGCUCCAGCGCUCCCUCUCCUGACUGCUCCCUCUCUCCCUGCCCCUAUGCUCCCCGUGGCUCCUCCUCUCUCUCUCCCUCUUCUCCCUGCCCCUGCCCUCCCCCUGACUCCUUCCUCCUCCACCCCUGCCACCCUGUUGUCCCGCCCCCAGCCCCCUCCCCCUCGGCCCCAGCUGUGGGUGACCUUCGAUGAUGAUUCAGCGCUCCCCGUCCCAGCCAAGGCUCCACCUGCAGCCCCCACUGCCUCCAUCUACCCCCCCUCUCUCCCCCAGACUCAGUUCUCCUGCUCUGGGUUCGACUCUGACCCACACUGGGCCUCCAGCUCCACCACUUUGACCUCCACGUUCCCCCCCCUGCCCCCUCCGAUCCCAGCCAGGAUGGUCCCAGGCAGCAGCCAACCCCCGCUCCCAGCCCGAGCCACAGACAGCCUCCCCUUCCCCAAGGAGUUCACUGAGAGAUAG